GCAGGCAGAACCUUGGGCAGAGUGAGGAGAAGCUUAGAGGGGUGGGUGACACCCUGGGAGCCCCGCGCCUGAUGCAGAAGAUACCCAGAGUCUCAGAGAAGCAAGGAGGGGAGCUGUGGGCCCCCUGGAGGACUUGAGGGGAUGCGGACAGAGGGGGAACCCAAGAUGAGAGGAUAGCCCUGGAAAGGAAGGGAGGGCAGUGAGGCUCCUCGAGACCCCAGCCAGCUACUCCUGCUCUUCACCGGUCUCCCAGCCUGAGGUGCUGCAUGAGGGGCCGCAGGGGCGAUCGCAUGACUAUCAAUAUUCAGGAGCACAUGGCCAUCAACGUGUGCCCUGGACCCAUCAGGCCCAUCCGCCAGAUCUCCGACUACUUCCCUCGCAGGGGGCCAGGGCCAGAGGGUGGCGGAGGCGGGGGCAGGGGCUGCGGGGAAGCCCCAGCUCAUCUGGCCCCUCUGGCUCUGGCUCCGCCUGCCGCUCUCCUUGGGGCCACCACACCAGACGAUGGAGCUGAGGUAGACAGCUACGACUCGGAUGAUACCACUGCCCUGGGUACGCUGGAAUUUGACCUUUUGUACGAUCAGGCUUCCUGUAUGCUGCACUGUAGAAUCCUCAGGGCCAAGGGCCUCAAGCCCAUGGACUUCAAUGGCCUCGCUGACCCCUAUGUAAAGCUGCACCUCCUGCCGGGAGCCUGCAAGGCCAAUAAGCUAAAAACUAAGACUCAGAGGAACACACUGAACCCUGUGUGGAACGAGGAGCUGACGUACAGCGGAAUCACGGAUGAUGACAUCACCCACAAGGUGCUCAGGAUCUCUGUCUGUGACGAGGACAAGCUGAGCCACAAUGAGUUUAUUGGGGAGAUUCGAGUGCCCCUCCGCCGCCUCAAGCCUUCACAGAAGAAGCAUUUUAACAUCUGUCUUGAGCGCCAGGUCCCGCUUCCUUCACCUUCUUCAAUGUCUGCGGCGCUGAGAGGCAUUUCCUGUUACCUGAAGGAGCUAGAGCAGGCCGAGCAGGGACCUGGGCUGCUGGAAGAGCGCGGGCGCAUCCUGCUGAGCCUCAGCUACAGCUCCAGGCGGCACGGGCUGCUGGUGGGCAUUGUUCGCUGUGCCCACCUGGCUGCCAUGGAUGUUAACGGCUACUCUGACCCUUAUGUGAAGACGUACUUGAGACCAGAUGUGGAUAAGAAAUCUAAGCAUAAAACGUGUGUAAAGAAGAAGACACUAAACCCGGAAUUUAAUGAGGAAUUCUUCUAUGAGAUGGAACUCUCCACUCUGGCCACCAAGACGCUGGAAGUCACAGUCUGGGACUAUGACAUUGGUAAAUCCAAUGACUUCAUAGGUGGUGUGUCUCUGGGGCCCGGAGCCCGGGGAGAGGCGCAGAAACACUGGAGUGACUGUCUACACCAGCCGGACACAGCCCUAGAGCGCUGGCACACCCUGACCAGCGAGCUGCCUCCAGCAGCAGGGGCUUUCCCUUUGGCCUGAGCAGACAGCAGUUGCCCAGCACAGGCCCUUUGGGCCGGGUCCAGUACCCAACCUUCGCACGAGUGUGUUGCACGUUUACAUGGGGUGGGAUGCCCCCUGCCCCACACUACCUGUCUUAUUUUUGUGAGUCUCUGUGGCUGUGGGUCUGUCUUCUUGUGAGGGACUGUGGAGAGCUAUAUUCACAUAUGCAAACUUUCUCCUGCCU